GCGCAUCAACAAUACAAAUCUUCGCCAUCGACAGCUGCCCAUUUUUGCACGUCUAAACACAACCAAUUCGCCCACCAUGCCUACCGUCAUUCACCACAGAGUCGACACCAAGCCUUUUGAGCGCCGCACGUCGCUCUCGCCUGCCUCAGCCAAGGCCCUCCUCGAUGCUGGCUACAUUGUCCGCGUGGAGCGAUCCCCCGACCGUAUCUACAGGGAUGAGGAAUACGAGAAGGUUGGCGCUGAGCUGGUGCCCGCCGGAUCAUGGCGCGACGCUCCCAAGGAGGAUGUCAUCUUGGGGUUGAAGGAGCUCCCCGAAGACGACAGGCCAUUGGAGCAUGCCCACAUCUCGUUCCAGCACGCGUUCAAGAAGCAGGACGGAUGGGAGGCUAACCUCUCCCGCUUUGCUCGCGGCGGCGGCAAGCUUUACGACCUCGAAUUCCUCACGGAAGAAAAUGGACGCCGCGUCGCCGCCUUUGGCUACUGGGCAGGUUACGCCGGGACGGCCAUCGCCCUACUCGCUUGGGCGCACCAGAUCCUCCACCCCGGCGAGGCUCUUGGGCCUGUGCCAACAUACGACUCUGCCACUGCGCUCGCUGAUCAAAUCAAGGCGAACUUGGAACCCGCUGUCGCGGCCAACGGUGGCAAGUUUCCUCGCGGCAUUGUCAUUGGUGCCUUGGGACGGUGCGGCAAGGGAGCCACUGACAUGUUCCGCACCGCGGGCAUCCCCGAGGACUCGAUCCUCAAGUGGGACAUGGAGGAGACCAAGAAGGGGGGCCCCUUCCAAGAAAUUGUGGAAUCCGACAUCUUCAUCAACUGCGUGUACCUUGGUCCCCACAAGAUCCCGCCGUUUGUAACCUUCGAGACCCUCAACAAAGCCGACCGCCGCCUGCGCAUCAUCUGCGACGUCAGCUGCGACCCCAACAGCGAGAACAACCCCAUUCCCAUCUACACCACGUGGUCGACGUUCGACAAGCCAACUGUACCCACAUCCAAGGAGAUUCCCGAGGGUCCAGAGCUGAGGAUCAUCUCCAUCGAUCACCUGCCAACCCUGGUGGCGCGCGAGUCGAGUGAUGAGUUCUCUUCGCUCCUGCUGCCCAGCCUUUUGACCUUGGACAAGAGAGAUACCGACGGUGUCUGGAAGCGCGCGGAAAAGAUCUUCGACGAGAAGAUUGCCGAGUUGCCUCAAUAAAUGCACUCUCUUGGUCCGCAUCAAUGAAUAAAAAGGGCUUACAACACCAUGGUG